CUAAAGCCGGCUGCUAUUCCUUUCGUCGCGCGGCGAUUCGUGUCGUGCAUCCGAUGCCGCGAUGCAAAUCUCGCAUGUUUUUCGUCACGUACAUAAUUAAUCGGCUUGAUUAUGGAAUUUGUCGCAAUCGCGCCUCGCCGCCGUUCCUCAUCAGCUGACAGGGAGACAUUCGCUCACGAGGACUCAAGAAACGGUAUCGACGGCACCACAAAUGACGUCUGUCAUCGUUUUGUCGACACGAGCUCGCUACGUCGAGAUAGUUCAACAAAAUUUCCGCAUGUGAUUCGCUUUAUUUAUGUAUAUCACAUAUCAAUUUUAAAGUUUAUUCAGACCCUUUGAAAUGUUCACGUUUGAAAAUAGCAGUUUUUAACUAUGUGAAAAUUUAGGUACUUUGAAAUUCUUUAUGCUGUAUCUGUAAUCUUAUUGCACAGAUUUUAAUGAAUUCUUUUUGAACCACUGGUUGCCAUGUGGCAAAAAUAUUCGUAAAAAUCUCUGCUGAUAAGCGCGCUUCUCUCAAAAUGACAAAGCCUCUUUGGGAAACGUUUGUCGAUGAGAUAAUAUAUUUGGCGCGUGGUAAUUAUUAAUAAUUACAAUUAAUUGCAAUUAAUUUUAAGCUCCUUAUAAUCGUGUAUAAAAUUUUUAUGAAUUUUAUUCAAUUUUUUAAAUAUUAGACUAAAACAUAAUGAAGCAAUUUUAUUUCUCUAUUUUAAUUAAUAAUUAGAAUAUCUGCUUUCUAUCUAUAUCUUUAUUAUUAUUACUAUUUACUCUAAUAAUUAAGAUUUUUUAUAUGACAAUAUAUUCUUACUUCCUACAGCUUUCAAAUUAUGAUUAUUCAAUUAUCUGAUCAUUAUUUCUAAAUUAUUAAUACAUAUCUAUGUCUUUUUUUCUUGCUUAGACAUAUUUAUUAAUGAUUUUGAGGUUUCGCUGAAAAAAACAAAGCCACCGGCAAAACAUGCCGGCGAAUUCAGCCGCUUUAUUAAUCUCGUUAAGUUCUUAGAAUCGCUUGCGGUCUCACCGCGAGAUUUCAGCAUCACGUAGAUGCUUUUCUAUCGAGUUUUACGACUGUCUUUACGGUCCGUUCGUUUUCAUUCGGAAAAUACUCUGGGCGCCGCGCCGUUUGCUUAAAGGCAAACGAUUGCGCAACAGGAAAGAAGGAAUUAUAUUAUACAUACCUCGGCGAAACUGUUCUACGGAAAAAGGGACACGAUAUUCGACCGUGCGAUCGUUUUACCGAUUGUACGUUCUUGUUUGCGCGACGACCGUUUUGCUCUAUUUCUACCCCAUUCGCUAAAUAUUAUGCAAUUAUUUCGACUCGUAAUCAUGCGAGCGUAUAUGCUAGCAGCAGCGCGUUACGUUCUCGUGAACACUCUCAUGAGGAUUCUCAAAUAUACUCGCGAGAGAAAGUAAAAAGCAGCUGUGAGCACGUUAUUAAGAUUUGUAAAUAAAGGAGGAUUAAAUUAAAAGAAAAAUUGUAUUAAACUGAAUGAAUUUUUAAAUUUACUUAAUUUUAUCGAAAGUAUUUAAUCAAUAAUGACAUGUUAUUAAUGGCAUUUAAUUGAAAUUUAAUUGAUCCAUUAUUUUUAAAACUGAAUUUUGUUUUAAAGUUCAUUCUUCUUAAGCCAGAGUUCAAAAUAUAAAUUGGAAAAUUAUAAUCUUAACAAUGUAAUCUCUAAUAACGUAAUGUGUAAGCCAGAUAAGUCGCAGUGAUGCGAAAUUAAAAUAGAUAUGACGAUAUACCAUUAAAAAUUCUUACGUUCUCCAAUUAAUUUUCUGAAAUGGCACGGGUUAUUUAUAUCAAAGUGAACGUUAUCGCGGAGAGUCGAGAGAGUGUCGGAGAGUCCACAUUGCCCACCCACUCAUAAUUACACAUACUGCACGUCGUUCAGGAAUUAUUAAUUUUUCUCUCCGGGACUCGAGAAUGCAAAAUGUCAGCCAAUCUGUGUAACGAAUAACGCAUGGAAACAGACGUUUUUCUUCAUAAACCAUCGCCGCGAGCUCGGCUCGCAGCGGUGCGUAGCCGACUGGCAAAUGUACAAUUACGACUGCUGCAGCAGUCAGGUGCAUUGCGAAUUAUUGCUUGCGACAAGCUUUUUCUGCAUACGGAUAGGCAGUUGUUUCCUCGCGCUGCAAUGACAGCGUAAAAAGAGAAUCGUUGUGGCCCCAAAAUGCGAUCACGCGAGGUAUAUUAUCUAUUGCGAUCGCGAAGUCACCUAUUUGUCGCAAUCUGUUCUUUUUUUAUUCUACAUUGCUUUAUCAAACCUGCUUUACUGUCGGCCUCCUUUUACUAAUUUUCUGUCUAACUCUUUACAAUAUAUUCUACUACAAUAUAUUCUAAUCUCAUUCGGAUUUUACUAAAUAUGUUUUAUUUGUUACAUCUCCAUGUUAAUUUUUUAUUUAACAAUUUAAAAAAAAUUUUUUUUAUAUCUGUAUAUUAUGAUAAUAUCAGAUAGUUUUAUGUUAACUGACAAUUUUAUUAAUUGUAAUUAAAAGAAGAUUAAAUUAAAAGAAAAAUUAUAUUAUUAAACUGAAUAAAUUUUUAAAUAUAUAUUUAUUUAAUCUUAUUGAAGGUAUUUAAUUACAUAAUAUUAAUGGCUAAAAUAAUCCCAUACGUUUAUUAACCAUUUUAAUUCUAUUAAUAUUUUCUUUCGCUACUGCCAAAUCUUUCUCUUUUUUCGUAAUCGAUGGGAAGAGAAAACGGUGAAAACGAGUAAAUUCCAGAAUACGCGAAACCGCUAAACUGUCUACAUUACUAAAUCGUGUAGAUUAAUUUGUACGCGUUAUAUGUGUUUAGAUAUUCAGCUGAUAACCAUCAAAAACGUCUCGCGUUCAAACCGGUUGCCAGAAAAUAUUGCGUAUCGACGAUUUCGAUCGAGCCUCCCGUUCGAUCGUUAAUGAUCACGCCUCCAAGUCGAGAAAUAAUCAUUCGAGCGUAUAGUUUGCCAGUACUCAAGCAUGACACCGGCACCUAUAUAAUAAUUUACAUACGCGGGCAUUUAAUUAGGUUCCCAGUCGCGCCCCCAGUCUGCCAGUAGCACAUAUCUCACGACGAUAAAUCUUGAUUAUUCCCCCGACAAAUGUAUCUUUCGGUCAACCGAAGGAACUAUUAAUGUUCUAGUCUCUCAAUGGCAGUUAGAUUAGAAUCUUGUUCGAAUUACAUGGCAACCGGGAUGCAUUCAGCAUGACACUUUAUCAUGACGAAUUGCGAUGUGCAUUGAAUCUCUAGCGAAUAGAACGCCAUAUGGAGAUUUAAAAUAUGUCAAACUUCAAUCUUAAUUAUCAAACUUAAAGAAUUAAAAGACUGUUUAUUCAGCUCUCGUUAUUAGAUUUCACUUCUCUUUCUUUCCGAUUUUUAAUUAGAAAUCGUCAAUUAAAUCACGAGUAUUUUCCCAGGCUCUCUUUCGCUUCCUUUCUUUCAAGAACAAGAAAUAUUUGCGAUAUUUCUAACGUAGCAAAGGAUUGUCCGUUUUUUUAACCGAUUCGUCUUCGUUCGCGAGGCGGUUAUCGAUUGUAACGUCAUACGCCGUGUCUCCGUCAUCUCGAAGGCAUAAUAAUUCUAUACGAAUAAGCAGGAGCACCACUCGAAAUAAAUUUCCUUUCUAUUGACCGCUUACCAAGGAACUGGAGCAACUUCCCCAAUAACGGGAGCACGUUCGCGAAUACGCGAUCACACGCUAUCUAUCCGAUAGGUUGCAUGAAUAAUGAAUGCAGCGUGCGGUGCAUUACGUAGCACGCGUUGUUGCAUACUUUCUCUCUUCGUAAUAAACGUUUUUCCGUGAUAAAACGUGUUUCUUCGGACACCGCCCGCUGCACGUGCGCUAUACAUACAGCAAUCUUGACACGUCCUGUCAGUUUGAUAUGCAAUAUAUCUUAACCACGAUAUUGAGAUGACAGCUUUAUGUAAUGAUGAACAAUCAUCAGUGACUGUUAUUAAUUAUCUGUUGGUCCCUUCUGACUACUCCUAUAUAAUUCUACGCAAUUCUAUUUUCAUCUAAUAGUUAUAUUUAAGUAAUAAUUAUUUAAUCAUAAAUUAAUGUAGAGCAGUGAUAUUGUACGUAACAUAGUUAACAUAAUCACAUUUAAAGCAUUUCAAUAAUUUUAUUUUGAACAAAAAAAUUAAUCGAGUCCUAAUUUAUUAAUUUUUAAAAUUAUUAUUGUGUUUUAAAAUUUUGUUAUUUAAAUUCUUGUCCUGUGUAAUACAAAUAUAAUUGAAUUCAUGCUUAUUAUAUUAUUUUUAUCUAACAGGAUAAAAAAAUAAUAACAAUACGAUAAUGUGGUCAAUGUUCUUUGUUAAAUUUCUUCUAGUAAUAAUAUUACAUCUCAUAAGAACAUAAUAUGUCUGUAAACAUAAUAAUUCCAAAGAAGAUACUCUCCUUUUGCUUAUCUUUAUAUUUGGCGCAUGGUUACUUUAGAACAUUGUUCUUGAGUCAGACUAGAAAGUACAAUGGAACUUAUAUGCAGCUAGAAGUUCGCUACGGAAGUAAAAUUACACAAACGUUUAAUGUACUUCGUAACUACCUCGAGGAAGCGCUUUUACGCAAACGGAGCUUCCUAAUAGCGUAUCUAUAGCUCGCAGAUAGGACUUGUGCCAAUUCUGUCGUAAUAAUAUCGUAAUAAUAAAAUUGCUAAUUGUUUCGUUUAAUCCAAUCGCUACGUAGAAAUUCAAACGACUGCAUAAGAUAAAGUGAUUCGAAAGGAAACUACAAUGCUUACGGUCAUUUCUUAUUAUUCUCACUAUUCAUAUCUAGUGAACAUCUGCAUUGUUUUAAUACAGAAAUUUAAUACAUAUAAAUAAAAUUUAUAAUAAAUUUAGUAUAAAGAAUAUUAUUUAAAUAGGAUUUUAUGGAACAAUCUAAAUUAAGUACAAGUUUUAUAACAAUGUUGUGCUUGAAAUUUUUUUAUUGGUUAUUAUACUUUAUUUUACAACUACUAUUCUAUAGUCGUGUUCCUUUAAUAGCAUAUAGGCAAAUGCCAUUCACGAGACAGGUCGUGCACGAUUUCUAUUCUAAUUCAUGACGCAGGCAUAAAUGGGAAAGCACAGAGAACAAACGUAAAUAACAAUACUCAUUGAUUUACGAUUAGUCAACGUUGAGCUCCAGAUGAAUUAAGCUUUCAAAAGGAAAACGACGAUCGGCCGCAUAGUUCAAAAUACAAGCUAUACCUCGUUGAGAACAAACAUUAUUUUUGCAAAUUGUAGGGGUAAUAUUUUCUUAACAUUUUCAUAGCGGAAAACUGUCAUUGUACUUUGCAUAUGCAUAAAUAUUCCUAGCGUACUUUUAAUUACUUUUACCUCGAGUAAUAAAAAUGAUGCAAUUAUUCAAUUUUCAAAAGAUGCGGUCGCGACUCGCGCCAAGUGACACGAUUUAGAAGUUACAAGAAUAAAAACGUAGAAAAAUGAAUAGAUAUAAACAAUGUUUAUGAUUUUGCAUAAAUUUAGAUUUACAGUAAAGGAAAUCUCUAUUUCAUACCGUCUUUACAUUUAAUAGAGUUUUUCCAAGUUUUAUCAUCGAUACGUGCAUGAACUAUCAUACUCGAUGGUAUCAAGAGGGUUGAAGGCUCGCCGUCGAUGGUGGCUGGAAGAUACCGGGUGUCAUCCAUUUCUCGCAGGCGCGUUACGUGUGGGUGUUAUCGCGGAUGGCCGGAUGGGAAAAUUGACGUUCUCGCCGUUGUUAUUGGUUCGACGACGAGGUACGAGAACCACUGGGAAAAUGUGAACGUAUGGACACCCGACGUUGUCUGUCCGACUCGACUCGGUGUUCAGUGUCGUCAGUUCGAUCCGGUCAGUGGGCCAUUCAGCAUGAACAACGAGCGCAAGGAUAAUGGGUCCGUUUACUCGGUCGGAAGCCAGAAUCAUUUGGUACCUAUAAGAUCCAGGAAAACUUUCUUCAAGAAACGGACUAAGAUUUCUAAUUUGUUGGUGAUAAUUCUUUACUUCCUGGUGGGUUCCUUGUCCAUAGCAGUUGUGGUGCUUACGGUACUUUAUGCGUGUAACAGUAUGGUGAAAACAUGUGAGAGCGAGGAUUGCGUGCGAAUAGCGGCUAGUUUGAAGGAAUCUAUGAAUAUGUCUGUAGAUCCUUGCGACGAUUUUUAUCAAUAUGCGUGCGGUAGAUGGUCAGAAGAGCAUCCUAUUCCGGAUCACUCCCUGACGAACUCCUGGUUUCACGAGCGGAGCAAUCGCUUAACUAGGAAAAUCAGAGAUUUGCUAAAAGCGGAAGUCAAUAUGUCUGCCAAUGAAGUACCUUGGGCAGUGAUGCAGGCCAAGACUCUGUUCACCAGCUGCAUGGACGUGUAUACCAUAAAUGAACUCAAUUUGUCUCCACUGUUUGAUCUGUUGGAGUUAUUAAAUUUACCUGUACUUCCUGAAAGAACCGCCAUUACAACUACUAAUUACGUUGAACAUCUGGCCAGGGUAAAGAGAAUUUUGAACAUCGACAUAUUUUUUGGCUUCGCAGUCGGAGUUAAUCCAAGGAACAAGAGCGAAAAUGUAAUCUACUUCCACCUUCCGGAUCAUUCCAGUCCUUUCCCCACUAUUGAGAAUAAAGAAUUGGAGAAGCGAUUGCGAACUAUCAGAUCGCGAUCGCGAAAAUUAGACGAUUUAGAUAACGAAACCAUGUCGGACAAGAACGAAGAUGCUGAGCUUACUUUCAUGACUGACGUUAUUAAACAAAUUAUUAGUAAUGGCACUAGUAAUGAAUGCACCUCGGAAGAUGAAUUUAUGAUAUUUGAAGAAACAGUAGAAGACUUUGUCAUAAUGCUUUACAAUAUUAGCAAACUUCUCCAUUACGUAACUCAUGUAGAUCGAAAUCAGAGUAUUUCUGUAGAAAAUUUGAUAGAUAGUGAUUAUAUGAUGGUAGAUGAUCUACAAAAGUUGACGGACGAGUAUGUAAUGGAAAUAAAUUCAUCUGUUACGCCUAAACCGAUUUGGCGACCUUUCAUCGAAUCCCUUUUUGAGGGAAUCGUUGAAUUGGAUCUUGAUAAGAAGGAUAAACUUCUCAUUGGCAAUUUGGAUUAUUUAAAAAAUGUUGCGUUGAUGCUUACUUUGUUCGAGGAAGAAUACUUGGUAAACUAUAUUUGGUGGACCGUUGUGGAAACUGUGGUGCCCCAUUCUACCAGUAAGCUCAGGACCAUUUGGAACGAUUACGUAUACAAGUUAUUAAAAGUGGAAGGAAGCGAAUCAUUAUCAUUGAACUGUGCGUCAAUGGCCAAUGAAUUAAUGGGAAUGGCGGUAUCAUGGUUGAUCGUAGAUCCGAUGUUUCAUAAUAACGAAGGCAACAAUGUACGAGAAAUGUUAGACGACAUAAAAGAGGCAUUUGCUUCGCUUGUCAUGAAAACAGAUUGGAUGGAUCAAUCGACGAAGACGGCGACACUCGAAAAGAACCAGAAAAUGCUCUCCGAAAUUGGAUUCCCUACAUGGCUUUUCAACGAGAAGAAGCUCAAUAACUAUUAUAAAGGUAUCAAUCUGUCGGAAACGACUUACCUAGAGAACAUGAUACAAAUCGUUCAUUUAGAAGCGAUCACCACGUGGGCGAGCCUCCACAGGAUAAAUGCGUAUAAUGGGUCACACUGGGCAACUGAUCCUACUGAUGUAAAUGCGUUCCACACCUUUCAUCUUAAUCAUAUAACCAUACCUGCUGGAAUUCUCCAAUUCCCAUUUUAUGAAUUGGGUCUUGAGGCCUUAAAUUAUGGUGCUAUCGGUACGGUGCUUGGACAUGAAUUAACUCAUGGAUUUGACAAUAACGGUCGGCAUUACGAUGGUGAUGGAAAUAUCCGACAAUGGUGGACCAAUGACACAAUUUCAGAGUACUCAAAUAAAACCCAGUGCUUUAUAGACCACUAUAAUACUUAUUACGAAAAUGAGGUCGAUGAUUUUAUCGACGGUGAACUGACCUUGGGUGAGAACAUCGCUGAUAAUGGUGGCCUUCGUGAGGCCAUUGUCGCUUACCAGAGAUGGAAGACCCGACACGGUCAGGAGCCACUACUUCCGGGAUUCACAAAUUUUACGCACGAGCAGUUAUUUUUUCUUUCUUACGCGCACUUAUGGUGCGAAUUAAAUACUCCUACAUAUCUGAAAUGGACACUGGCAGAUACUCAUUGUCCCGGUCACGUGAGACUUCAAGCUUCAUUGAAAAAUUCCGAAGAGUUUAGUACCGCGUGGAAUUGUCCCGUAGAUUCGAACAUGAACCCGUCGGAAAAGUGUCAUGUGUGGUAAACAGCUGUGUCUUCGACAGAUAAAAAACAAUAUAUGUUUGUUAUUUAAUUGUUGAUUAAUCAAAUAUUUAACAUUUUGUGAUAUGGAGCCAGUGAAGCUUACGUGCACAACAAUAAUAAUUCAUUAUUAAUUUAAAAAAAUUAAUUUUUUAUUUUGUGAGAUUUAUUUCAAAUUAAAAAUAAUGCAAAGGCAAUGUGUAAUAAUACUCAUAUCUAUAAGAGCUCUGUCUCUCUUGCUCUUUACUUUGAAUUUAUAUCAACAAAGAUUUAUAUUGGAUUUAUGGAGUUUUGUGCAUGAGCUGCGAUCACUUUAAUUAUUGUUGUCCGUUUGUUGUACGGCAUGUAAUGAAUUGCUUCUAUGUAAUUUCUAUAAGAUCAUUUGCACGUUGGAGACUCAUCCACGAAAAAUCAAAGAGUGGUCCAAUAUUGUUUGUAAUAAAAGAGUUUUAUUUACGUACAAAAAAUAA